GCAGUGAAGCGGAGAGCGAUUUGUUGACGUGGCACGAGUGCUCUGGCACUACUGACUAGCGUUUUUUAGUGUUCUUAGGUAUCCAUAAAUCAGCCCCCUGGGUCAAUACAGACAGAGCGUUGUGCUAUGUCCCAUCUAACGCAAGGCUUAGUAAUUUCAGAAGCAUUUUCAAUGUUGAAGAGAAAAGACUUCACUUAUUUGUGAGGCCCUUCUUGCCCUCCGUACUACUGUAGACAGUACUAUACGUAACCCUCGUACAAGUGUGGCCUUAACAUCCCUAUGGCGAUCCGAAAGAGCAACUUAACGUGUACCCUGGUGGUAGUCGCGCUUCUACUUGGACUCGUGUUUAUAGCCUUUGAGAAAGCUACCAUUGCUGGCGGUUUCUCGCAGUGGUCAGGAUGGAGUCAGUGCAGCGAAAGCUGCGGCCAGGGCGAGCGCGGACGUACUAGGGUAUGUAAUAACCCGGUACCGGGUAGACUAGGCAAGCACUGCGCGGGUAACCCGAGAGAAGUCGAGAAAUGCUUUUUAAGGCAUUGCCCGGUGGAUGGCGGGUACACCGAGUGGAGCGAGUACAGCGAGUGCGACAAGUCAUGUGGCGGAGGAGUAAGGACGAGAUCGAGAGACUGUCAAAAUCCGCCGGCACAACACGGAGGGAAAGAAUGUGAACACGGGUUCACGCAGAAGGAGACAACGAGUUGCAAUCCUAACCCGUGCCCAGUUGAUGGCGGCUAUAGUAGAUGGACUAAUUUCGGGUUGUGUGUGGCUAAUAGCGGGAACUGUGGAGCCGGUAAAAGGUCUCGAACACGGGUGUGUGACAACCCAGUACCGAAGCAUGGUGGCAAGGAUUGUACAGGGCCUAACUCCGAGAGUAUGGACUGUCACAUAUUGUGCCCGGAGACGCAACCACCGCCACCUACGACACAACCGUCAACCAAUACAACACAACCGUCACCUCAAACAACGCAACCGUCACCUCAAACAACGUAACCGUCACCUCAAACAACGCAAUAAACACCUCAAACAACGUAACUACCACAAAACAACCCCACAUCAACUUUCAGAUGACUACACCGAAAAAGCAAGAUCAUGAUUACAAAUCGAAUGUCAGAAAUUUAGGAAAAUAAUUCGUGCGUGCAACAGUGGAAAUAUAUUAAUUAAAGAAAGUUAUUAAAACAAUGAGUACCACGAA